CUAUCGGUGUUUAUGGCAAAUUCUUGUCGGCAGAAUUUGGUGGUAUAAAGUUAUCUCUCUUCCUCAGAAAUCCCUAAUUGACGUUUUCUCCCAAAUUUGCCCUCAAACCUCUCCAACUGCAACACCCUACUUCUCCAACUGCAACCCCACAUCUUCAAGCAUCUCCGCGACACGAAGAAGACGCAUUGCAGGCAGCGAUUUCAACUUUUCGAGUCAGGUAUGUUUGAGUUCGAAAGUUUCCCCCAACUUCAGAUUUGGAAUUUUUUGUGUCAUUAGCCUUGUCGGCGGUCAUGUGCUUCGAUUUGAAUUAUGAUAAUGAGGGUGUAUGUUUGAAGUAGUGUUUAUAAUAGAAUUUUGUGGGUUUUUUCUGUUAUUUUUGCAAAAAUUGGUCAAAUUGUAAUAUUGUACACUUUUGCUUGUGAGUCUGUUGGUGAUUGUCGGUCGCGAUUUCAACUUUUCGCGACAGUUUCUUCUGCAUCCUUGCAUGCGAAAUUUUUCCCCAAAUUCAAUACCUUGAAUUUUCUUCUGCAUCCUUGAAGUAGUGAUUAUAAUGGAAUUUUGUUGUGUGUUAUUAGAUUUUUGCAAGAAUUGCUCAGAUUGUAAAGUUGUAGAAUUGUGUCUGUCAUUUUUGAGAUUUCUUCGUGAUUUUAUGGGUUUAUUUUGAGAACUCUUUGCUGUGAUUAUUUUCCCACUUUGUGUAGGAUGGUUAACGAAAGACAACGGAAGAUGAAGGAGGCGGAGACAGUUGUAAUCAUGAUUGAGGACAUUGUGAGGACACAGCAACAAGACCUGGUCACAAUUUUGAACAUGGUCCGGACAAUUAUUACCUCGUCGAAUAUUGGAAAUGAUGAACUUGCAGCUAUCACAUACAGCAUGUCAUCAAAGCUUCCUGCUCAAGUUAGACACAUGGAUAGACUGUUUGGUCUAACUGAUAGAGACUGCAUCAGCAACCUCCGAAUGGAUCGCAAUGCAUUUGGGCGUUUAUGUCGGAUUCUACGCGACAGAUCCGGGCAUACCGUCAGCCAUUAUGUGCACAAGGUGAUGCGAGCAGUUAUCCAUCUUCACAGUAUCCUAUUCGUUCAGCCCACACCGGUUGACGAUACAUGUGAGGACCCACGAUGGAAAUGGUUUAAGGGGUGCCUUGGUGCACUAGAUGGGACGUACAUAAACGUACGUGUUAGCAUCGCUGAUACACCUCGCUACCGGUCGCGCAAAGGCCAGAUUGCAACAAAUACACUAGCAGUUUGUGACCGAUUCCUAAGGUUCGUGUACAUUCUACCUGGAUGGGAGGGGUCUGUUGCUGACUCGAGGGUUCUUCGCGACGCUGUGACUCGGCCCAACGGUCUCAAAGUCCGAAGAGGAACGUAUUACUUGUGUGACAACGGAUAUGCGAACAGCGAAGGCUUCCUAACGCCUUUCAAAGGAGUUCGGUACCAUCUGAAAGAGUGGGGCCCCCAAAAUCAAAGGCCGACCAGUCCAAGAGAACUAUUCAACAUGCGCCAUACAAUGGCUCGGAACAUAAUAGAGCGUGCAUUUGCUGUGUUGAAGAUGCGAGGAGAGAUGCAAGCAGAUCCAGUGGAGCAAGAAUUGGACGACGCCGCACUUGAAGGUGAUGGGGGACAGCGGGCUGACGGUGAUGACCAAAAUGAUGUCGAGUAUGUUGACACAGUCGAAUCAACGCCGGGGUGGAACCAAAUGCGUCAAGACCUUGCCGACUACAUGUGGCAGAAUCAAUAAGGAUAUCAACGUGAGGUUGAAGUUAUAUGUAUUAUGCAAUUUUAUCACUGAACAAUGUCUACCUAUUUCGAAUUCUGUUGGGAGUAUGUAUUAUUAUCGACUUGAUGCUUGACAGUCUGAAAUCAUCAGCUUUUUGAAGACUUGAUUUUGAA